AUGUCUUCUUCUAGAGUUUUUAUCAAAGGCCUGCCGCCCAACAUUACGGAGGCCGAGUUCCGUAAACAUUUCUCUUCUGGAAAUCGAGAGAUCACCGAUGUCAAACUGCUAGCCCAGCGUCGGAUAGGAUACGUGGGCUACAAGAGCGCGACUGAUGCCGCUGGUGCUGUCAAAUACUUCAAUCGAUCAUACAUCCGCAUGUCUAAGAUAUCAGUCGAGACUGCCCGGCCCAUCUCAGACCCAGCCUCGAGAAAAGGACACAAUGGUUCCUGCAACUUUGGUGCGCCGGAACAUCAUACUGCACGCUCAACUUCUGACCAUGAUGUAAACCCGAAGAAGCGAAAGCGACAGGAACAGGAAACCGCUGACCCGAAGCUGCGGGAGUUUCUGCAGGUCAUGAGGUCUGGUCGAGAAGGCGCUGUUGCAGAUGACCCAAAUUCUGCAGUCGCAGCAGAUAAUACGCUCAAUUCUGGAGGGCUUAGUGUCCCAGAGGGGGAAAGCGAUGACGAGUAUGAACAAGUCCCAUCGAGACAAGAGAAGUCGAGAAGGAUAGAGUCCCGUCAGAACAAGUCAGACAAUGUUCCUCGACAACCACCACUUCGGGAUGUCAAGACUUCUAAAGAAGUUACGUUCGAGGAGGCUGGCGAGGACAAGGUCGAGGCAAUUGAUUCAGAGAUGACCGACCAAGGUCCAUCACCAGCUGGCGCGACCGACGACGAUUGGUUGCGAUCUCGGACCAACAGACUGCUGGACCUAGCUGACCCGGAUGACCUUGCCUCUAGAGCAGUGCUCAGCCGGGUGGAUGGUACGACAAAGCAAGACACGGAGAAUGACGGACUGUCGUCGCAUUCCUCCGAUGAGGUGACACCCAAUACAACUGCUGAUUUGGCGACAAGGAAGGAGACUGUGACGGACGACGCUGCUGAAACCAUCCAUCGCACGUCUCGGCUUUUCGUCAGGAACCUGCCUUACAGCGCCACUGAAGAUGAUAUACGGGAGACGUUCGACAGGUUUGGCACACUCCUAGAGGUCCAUUUACCUUUGACUGCUGCUGGGGCAACAAAGGGUUUUGCUCUAGUUCUUUUUGCAGACUCGUCUGACGCCGUCAGGGCAUUCCAGGAACUGGAUGGGGUAACCUUCCAAGGGCGUAUCCUCCACAUCAUUCCAGCCAGCGCGAAACGAGAGCAGGGAUUGGAUGAAUUUGCCGUAUCCAAGUUGCCUUUGAAGAAACAAAACAUGAUACGUAAGAAAGCAGAGGCAGCUUCUAGCAGCUUUAACUGGAACUCUCUCUACAUGAGCCAGGAUGCUGUCAACGCCUCCAUUGCGAGCCGGCUGGGUGUCUCGAAAUCCGAGAUGCUCGAUCCUACAUCGGCCGAUGCCGCCAUCAAGCAGGCCAUCGCAGAGACUACAGUCAUACAGGAGACAAAGGCUUACUUUGCUGCCAAUGGGGUGGACCUGGACGCCUUCAAGUCGCGGAGGCGGGGUGAUACCACCAUCUUGGUAAAGAACUUUCCAUUCGGAACUACCAUGGAGGAACUUCGCAAAAUGUUUGAGGAGCAUGGAAAAGUGCUCGAGGUGCUCAUGCCCCCUGCAGGUACUAUCGCUAUUGUCCAGUUCGCACAUGCAAACCAUGCCAAGGCCGCUUUUGGUAAGCUCGCAUACAGACGAAUCAAGGAUAGUGUACUCUUCCUGGAGAAGGCACCGAAGGACUUGCUCAGAAGAGACAUCUCGGAGCAGAUCAGCCGGACAACCGAUCAACAGGCAACAGGGGUGCAAAAGCUUACCGUCAGUGACUUGUUGUCAGGCGGUGAUAAGGCGGAUGAUAUGGAAACGACGUCUCUGUUUAUCCGCAAUUUAAACUUUGCCACAACCACUAGCAGGCUGGCUGAGGCUUUCGAGUCUCUCGACGGAUUCGUGUCAGCUAGGGUCAAAACGAAAAUGGACCCCAAGAAACCCGGCCAAACGCUUAGCAUGGGGUUUGGUUUCGCAGAGUUUCGAUCUAAGACCCAAGCCAAGGCAGCUCUCCGGGUGAUGGAUGGGCAUGUACUGGAUGGCCACACUCUGGGCGUGAAGGCGUCGCAUAAGGGCCAAGAUGCGGCCGAAGACAGACGGCGGGAUGAUCGAGCGAAAAAGGCGGCGGCGCAAAGGACCAAGAUCGUCAUCAAGAACCUGCCCUUUCAAGCCACAAAACAAGACGUGAGGUCACUGUUCGGGACGUACGGCCAGCUCAGGUCGGUCCGCGUUCCGAAGAAGGCUGACUUUACCGCAAGAGGCUUUGCAUUUGCCGACUUUGUCAGUCCUCGAGAGGCGGAGAACGCACUAAACGCCCUCAAGGACACUCAUCUUCUCGGGCGGCGCCUAGUACUGGACUUUGCAGAGGCCGAGGCCGUCGACGCCGAGGAGGAGAUCGAGAAGAUGCAGCGCAAAGUAGGGGGCCAAGUCAAUAAAGUAGCCCUUCAGCAACUCACUGGCGGAGGGAGGAAAAGGGUCACUAUUGGCAACGACGAGGAGGAGCUCGACGGCUAG